UAAGUCAGUAAGAAAACUUUCGUCUUAGUGUAAAUAUAACAAGCCUUCCUUUAGCAUUACACAUGCAGUAUUUUACACUAAUUAGUUUGUUGUGUUUAAUAUUUGAAUAUGCAAACACAUUACUGUGGUUUAAACGAAUGAAUCGGCAUACGGAUACGUCUUAUGAAGAUCUCGAUUAUGAAUAUUGUGAAUGCGGGAAGAAAAAUGUAUUUUUACCAUCAUCCAGAAUAAUUGGAGGACGAGAAGUUUAUGAAAAUGAAUAUCCUUGGAUGGCUAGUAUUAUAAGUGUUAAUAGAUCACAAGUAAUUUGUGGAGGAUCAGUUAUAAAUGAUCGUUAUGUGGUAACAGCAGCUCACUGUAUUAUUUAUGGUUUCAAUAAAGAUGAUCUGAAGGUAUCUGUCGGUGCUCAUAAUUCAUGCAAAUGGGAUGCGAAGAGUACAAUUUUUUCUGUUGAGAAUAUUUUUCCACAUCCAAAUUAUAAUAGCCAAACAAAUUUUGCUGAUAUUAUGCUGGUUAAAUUAAUUAUGCGAAUUGCCUUUAGCAAAUUCGUUAGACCAAUUUGUUUACCAAAACCUGGACUUAAUGUUGUCUCUCAAUUUAAAGAACAAUCCGUAUCUGCACUUGGCUGGGGAUUCUCAGAAACUGACUCUUUAUUUAAUAAAGAAUGUGGUUUACGUGUAGUGGAUUUAACAUUGUUUAAGCGAUCGGAAUGUCCUACCGACAUCUCGAGUUUAAUCUGCGCAGGAUUUAAAACAUCACCACGCGGUACUUGCGGGGGUGAUAGUGGUGGUCCUCUUCAAAUAUUAAAAGAUAAUCAUAAAUAUAUUUUAAUAGGAAUUACUUCAAAUGGAGUAUUAUGCGCCAACGUUAAUUAUCCAGAUUACUUUACGGAUAUCGCGCAAAUGGUUCCAUGGAUAUUGCAAAUAACAAAACAUGAUUCGAAGUAUUGUUGGCAUAUUAAUAUAGAAAUAAAGUGUUCUCCGCUAUCGCAUUCAGUAGUUGCAUCGGUUUUAGCAGAUGAAAUGUCGCAAGAGUCGCGCAGCAUGAAGUCCCAUUUAAUUUUGAUGGUCUUGAUUGGAGUCCUUCUAAUCCUAGACGCGUCACGCGCGUCAAGACAUCAGCUACGUCUACGAGUAGAUCCAAAUUGUGAAUGUGGAGUAUCGGGAGGAAUAUCAAAUCGCAUUGUCGGUGGAAAUAUAACAAUCCCGCAUAUAUUUCCUUGGGUUGUAGUAAUAUACAACAAAAAAAUUCUUCAUUGUGGAGGCACAUUGAUUAAUGAUCGAUAUGUAUUAACUGCCGGACAUUGUGUUAAAUGGGUUCAAUCUGCCGAUCUCACAAUCGGCUUAGGAAUACACGACAUUGAAAAUUCAAACGAAGGAUAUAUAGUUCAAAUUGAUAAAAUAAUCUUACACGAAGACUUUGAAAGUGAUGAUCUCCAUGAUACAAAUGAUAUUGCUCUGAUUCGGCUACAAGAUCCAGUUGAAAUCAAUGAAAAUGUGAAACCUGCAUGUCUUCCGCAUAAAGAAUCCGAUUACACGGGAUACCAUGUUAAAGUUACUGGAUGGGGACGUGUUCAAAGGGAAGGAAAUACAUCCAGAUUUCUGCGUCAAGCUACCUUAAAAGUGAUGUCCUGGGCCUCAUGUAGAAAUACUUCAUUUGCAGAGCAUCUUACGAAAUCGAUGAUAUGUGCUUAUAAUGACAAUACUGAUGCAUGUCAGGGUGAUAGCGGUGGGCCUCUUUUAUAUGAAAAAACGGAUGGAAAAUAUGAAGUAAUUGGAAUAGUCUCCUGGGGUAUCGGAUGUGCCGAACCUGGAAACCCUGGCAUAUAUGUGAAGAACACGGAUUAUGUGAACUGGAUAAAAUAUCACUCUAAUGACGGUAUUUAUUGCAUAGAUAGAUAG